ACCCCUUCUCCCUUUUACUUCGACUCCUGACCACGGGUGUUCUUGCUCACCCUCAUCAUUGUGUUACUCCGUCAACCUCGACAACACCACUCGACCUUACCAGCCACCAUGAUGCAUCGUCAUUUUUCAACCGUCACUCUGCUCUUUCUGUUUGCCUUGAUGGCUGCAGGCACCCCCACCAUCCCCGAGUCCACAAUCAGCGCCGACCAGAUUGGCAACAUGUCUACCUAUGUCCAGGCUUUCAUCGGCGGUCCAGAGCUCGUUCUUAACGGCACUAUCGAAGAGGUCUACGCUCAGCUCCUUGAGAUCAACCCCAACUACGACGCUGACUGGGAGGACGUUUCCGAUUCUAAAGACCCUGACCUCGACGGCUUCCAUGUUAUGGAAUAUACUCUCCACUGCACCUUUCACCUCGCGGUUCCUGGCAACUACAUUAAAGAAGGCAUCAAAUACUUGCGCAAGGUCAAGGGCCAUCCCAGACUCGGCGCGGGCCCGAGCAAAUGCGACAGGGUAAGCUGCUCCUACAACGCCGCAAUCUACUGGUGCAAUGAUGAUAACAAGCCCCGGUCCCUCCCUUCGUUUAACAAUAUCGCCGACGGAGCCCAGGUCAUCUUCAGGGAAUGCGGCCACGAAGACGCUAGGGAGAGAUUUGCUGGCGCACUGCAUCACCCUGAUUUGUGGAGAGCAGUUGUGCAGAAGGACAAGUGCUAGUUGGAUAAUGGCUCCAGUUGGCGUUUAGGACUUGGACGUUUUUAGUUACAAUGUGGUGAGAUGCUAGAUACUGUGACGUUGUGGGCCCGCGAUUGAUUGAUACAUUAUGCCCUGUAGCGGACAUCCUCGGUCCUUCAACAAGUCAAAGUAUCUCAUCCAAUUUUGUUCUAGAUCUAUAGCUACAGUGAAAUCUCUUCUUAUUGCAUUUAACAAGCCGAGUUUCAAGGUGCCGACCUACCCGAACUCUUUUGACUCUGUCAAUGAAUGCAACCUUACUACAGUCGGUCCAAGGUUCAACAAACCCAAUCACCCCUUG